AUGACUGUUACAAGUUUUUGGUUGGCGACUCAUUGGGAUCGAAAACUGCACUACAAGGAAUUACGGUUCCUUUUGGUUGGUGACUCAUUUGGAUUAAAAGAGACAGUUCCCUUGCGAGGUGUUCCGGGACGAGGAGUGGGCGGAGAAAUGACACGCAUCAUUACGAUGUCAGUGGUCUUAAGCUGGUGGAGAGCCACCAAAUCUUUCCAGAUCAAGAUAAUUGCCCUCAAGGAGCGAGAAAAUCUUGUCACAGAGCUGAACACCAUGCGCACGACGGAUAGGCGAAAAGGCCGGGCAGAGAGUGAAUGUACUUGUGGUACGCCCGUGUAUACGGGAAGUCAGGCAGGAGAUGACAGUCAUAUAGUGCGAGUGUUAAACCUUGGGCUGGAUGGAAGGAGCCAUUCGACACAUAAGCAUCCUCAAGCCAAGGAACCACAAAAGAAGACAGAUUACACUCCACAAAGCCAUAAUCAGUGGCAAAAACGGUAUAGUCAUCCAAGUGGUGCAGAUGGAAGAACUCCACCUUUGCGUUGUAAUGAUUCAGAAGUUGGGGAAGGUGGGAAAAAGGGGGUCCCAGAAACCUUGUCAAGCAAGGUAGUAAUACCCGACAGGGGAAUCACAUUUAACCCUAAAUUCUGCCUAGUACGGCUAUGCCACUCGAGCAUCCGUGGUAGUAUACGCCAGGCUGGUCACGAGCCUAAUUUAACCCCCUAUUUCAAUCUUGCACUCUACCACUUGCAAUGA